AAUGAAUAUGCUGUUGGUGAAACAUAAAAGAAAGUUCUUAGAAAAUAGAAAGAAAGCAACGCUACCCUAUUCCGUUGGGUGUUGUUCUUUCUUGAAAUUCAAACCUCCAAACUUCAAUUCAAUCUCUCUCUCUCUCUCUGAUUCUCAACACAGAAAGCUUCCAUGGGUCAAGUUUUUCGGAAGCUCUUUGACACCUUCUUUGGCAACUCUGAUAUGCGGGUUGUGAUGCUUGGUCUUGAUGCUGCUGGAAAAACUACUAUACUCUACAAACUUCACAUUGGAGAAGUUUUAUCUACUGUUCCCACUAUUGGUUUCAAUGUCGAGAAAGUUCAGUAUAAGAAUGUUGUUUUUACGGUUUGGGAUGUUGGAGGACAAGAGAAAUUAAGGCCACUUUGGAGACAUUAUUUUAACAACACCGAUGGUCUGAUUUAUGUUAUUGAUAGCCUCGAUCGUGAGAGAAUAGGUCAAGCAAAGCUGGAGUUUCAGGCAAUCAUAAAUGACCCUUUUAUGCUUAAUAGUGUCAUAUUGGUGUUUGCAAACAAACAGGACCUGAGAGGAGCGAUGACGCCAAUGGAAGUAUGUGAAGGACUAGGUCUCUUUGAUCUAAAGAAUAGGAAAUGGCACAUACAAGGCACCUGUGCCCUCAAGGGAGAUGGCCUUUACGAGGGCUUGGACUGGUUGGCUUCAACUCUGAAGGCGAUAAAAGCUGAAGGAACCUCAUCCUUCGUAUUUUGGUCUGCGUCAUUGAUGAAAGAAUGUGAAGCAAUUAUUAAAGAAAGUAGGAAGCUACACCAUCAGUUCCAAUUGGAUCACCCUCUCAUCGUCCUUCUAGCGCUUUCAAUUCUCCUUUCUGGACUACGAACUCCAGUGCUCCUGUUUGGAAUAAUAACUUCUUCCCUAACCGUUGGAUCUAGAGGUACAGAUACAGACAUGGGUCAAGCUUUUCGGAAGCUCUUUGACACCUUGUUUGGAAACUCUCAGAUACGGGUUCUGAUGGUUGGUCUUGACAACGCUGGCAAAACAACUAUACUCUAUAAGCUUCAAAUUGGAAAAGUUGUAACUACUAUUCCUACUGUUGGUUUCAAUGUGGAGAAAGUCGAGUAUAAGAAUGUUGAUUUUACAGUUUGGGAUACUGGAGGCCAAGGACUACAUAAAUUAAGGCCAAUUUGGAAACACUAUUUCAACAACAAUGAUUGUCUGAUUUAUGUUGUUGAUAGCCUGGAUCGUGAGAGAAUCGAUCACGCAAAGGAAGAAUUUCAGAUAACCAUAAAUGAGCCUUCGAUGCUUAAUAUUAUCAUAUUGGUGUUUGCAAACAAACAGGAUCUGAAAGGAGCGAUGACGCUGACGGAAGUAUGUGAAGGACUAGGUCUGUUUGAAGUAAGGAAUAGAAAAUGGCACAUACAAGGAACUUGUGGCCUUAACGGAGAUGGCCUUUUUGAAGGCUUAGACUGGUUGGCUUCAACUCUGAAGGAGAAAAAGGCUGCUGAAUAAUACUCUACAAUAUAAACCUCAUCUUUUCAAUGGUUCGUUUUCAUUCAAGAAUGCAGUAGAAAGUAGAAUGUAGGAAACUUUUACUUUUCAAUGGUUCAUUUUCAUUCAAGAAUGCAGUAGAAUGUAGGAAACUUUUACUGCAAUCGACUUUGCAAUUGUGUGCAGAGUCUUUUUAAACAAGAGAACUGUCCUCUAUGUGAUAAACAUGUCAACUGAAAAGGGAAUUGUCUAAUGUAAU